GACAUGCAUAUAUAGGGUGGUUGGCCAGUAAAAAGUGUAGAACACUUAGCAUACCAAUUAUCAUGUACAUGAAGUGAUCAAAUCUCACCCACAAGCAUAUCUCUCGCACCAUUCCACCCUAUAGAAACGAGAUAACAAGACGCUGUUUGCACUAGCUAUUUGACAGCCGACAAGAACCAGUUAGGUAAAACUCAGUAGGAUGCAGGUUUGAAUGGCUGAAUGCCAACCUCUGCAACUGCAAGAAGGCAAGAAACUGCAAGAGCUGCAGCCAUACGAUGGCUGCAAUCCUUCAGUGUACAGAGGCCCAAUUCUGCUGCCCCGGCAGGCCAACUCGGCGCCGCCGGCCGUGCCGCCGGAGAUGUCGUCCUCGUCGGGGUCAGGGAGAAGCGCGACGGAGGCGAGAGCGUUGAAGAUCCACAGCGAGGCUGAACGGCGGCGGCGAGAGAGGAUCAAUGCUCAUCUGACAACACUGAGGAGAAUGAUCCCUGAUACUAAGCAGAUGGACAAGGCCACCUUGUUAGCCAGAGUGGUGGACCAAGUGAAGGAUCUGAAGAGGAAAGCAAGUGAGAUCACACAAAGAACACCUCUCCCUCCAGAGACCAACGAAGUCUCCAUCGAAUGCUUCACCGGAGACGCUGCCACCGCCGCCACCACUGUCGCCGGCAACCACAAGACCUUGUACAUCAAGGCUUCCAUCAGCUGCGACGACCGGCCGGACCUCAUCGCCGGGAUCACCCACGCAUUCCAUGGCCUGAGGCUGAGGACGGUCAGAGCAGAGAUGACAUCACUGGGAGGAAGGGUGCAGCAUGUGUUCAUAUUGUGCAGGGAGGAAGGCAUUGCAGGUGGUGUGAGCCUCAAGUCUCUGAAGGAGGCUGUCAGGCAGGCACUAGCCAAGGUUGCCUCUCCUGAAUUGGUAUAUGGCAGCAGUCACUUUCAGAGCAAGAGGCAGAGGAUCCUGGAGUCACAUUGCUCAAUUAUGUCCAUAUAGAUUUGUUCCUCUUCUGGGGAUUUUGAUUUUAUUUUUCUACUAGCUGAGAAUAUGUAUGAAAUAAGAGAGAGAAUCUUCUUCUUCUGAGAGCUAUAUAGGCCUGAGAAUUGUGUGCCUGAAAUUGCUGUGAAAGAAUUGAUGUCUGAACUGUUGCUAGUGCUAGUGGUUGCAAUCAACUGACAAGAUCAUAUGGCACAGGGUUUGCAUUGUGUA